CCUUCAUAAAUCCUCGUGUGGAGUGCUCUGCAAAGCGACACUGCCACUGCCUUUCUUUGCAGCUCCGGUUACUAAACCUUUUGCUCAGGGUAUGGCAAAGAAUGCAGCCGCCCAGCACUGUCUUUCCACCCUAGCUGUGUGCUUUUCGGUUCUACUGAUCUGUCUGUGGUCAAUGCUGCCCGCUGAUACACACUCUCUUAGUUGUGAUGUCAUUGUCAAGGCUCGUACCACACCUGGACAGUCCUGGUGUGAAGGGCAGUGCUCAGUGGAUGGAGUGCCUUUCCUGCAGUAUGAUAAUGACAACAAAGCCACACCUUUGGGAGACCUGGGGAAGGUGGCAGAUGCCACUCCUGUGUGGACAGAUUUGAUGCAAAAGCUGGAAUACUUGGGGCAAGAGCUCAGGAAGAUGUUGGCUAACUCCAUACAAGAGAUGACUGAGACCAGUGGUCAGCCCACUUUACAGGCCACCAUGCUUUCUCAGUAUGAACAAGGACAAAGUGUUGGUGCCUCCUGGAGGUUUAACAUCAGUGGAAAGUAUUCCUUCAUCUUGGACACAAUGAAUAUGAGCUUUAAACAGAUUAGUCUUGAAGCCAGAUCUAUCAUGAAUGAUGAACAAUUAAUGAAAGACCUCAAGAUAAUCUCCACAGCAGACUGCAGUUACUGGCUCAAGGAACUCUUAAAGCACCAGAAGAAAAAUCAAAGAUCAACAUCAAGGGCCACAGGUAUCACCCUGCUCACAUCUGCAUCUGCCGCACAGCCUCCGCUUACAACCAAGCUUCAAUAUGAGGAAAUAUUUGUCCCCAUAGCAGCAUUCAUUGCCAUAAUCUUACCUUUAAUUGUUGGAAUUGUUGUGAAACCUUAUCCCCAAGGAGGUGAUUCUCCAUGCUGCUCCUCAGCAUCCUCAUCUGUAAUCUAAUCUGAAGUCAUUGUCAACAGCAGCCUCUGGUACUUCUCUUUUGCUUCGCAGCCAGAAAUAAAACCAUCUGAUGGUAUUGAUCAUCUGUGCCAUUUCACAUCUGAACAAGCAUGGUGUGAAAGAUUAAGGUUGACGGUCUCCAUGCAUUCUCUAUCACUUCAUCAAGGUGGAACAGGUCAUUGUCACCAGCGACUACAUCUUGCUUUGUUCUCUUUCACAUUCUUAGACUGUAUGAACUUGGGAGUAUCAGGUUGUGCCCCACUCUAAGAUACUCCUUUUUGUGUGAAAUGAUGGCUUUCAGGCUGGGUCUUGCCCAAGGUGGCUCCAUUUUGCAAGCAACAAGAUGAUGACUGAGCAUCUCCUGUGCAAAUAGACAUACCUUCUGUCCAGUAACAAUAAGCCAAAGCCAGAUAAAUGUCAUAUGUCUAAAACUGAAAAGAUGUCACUUAUGGACAUAUCAGAAUCAAUUAGACACAUGAGAAGGAGACUAUAUCAACAUCAUAUCUGUGUUGGAUAGUUUUAUGUCAACUUGACACAAGCUAGAAUUGACUGUAAGGAGAGAGCCUCAAUUAAGUAAAUGUCUCUAUAUGAUCUAGCUAUAGGGCAUUUUCUUAAUUAGUGGUUAAUGGAAGAGGGCCCAUCCCGGGCCCAGCCCAGCCCAUUGUUGGCAGACCCAUCUCUGGGUGAGUGGCACUGGGCUCUAUA